AUGACGUCAGUCGAUCCGAUCUGGGUUAACAACGUCUCCAGGAUCCUGACGGAAAACUGUAUCGCCAGAGGUCUGAUGGGCUACUUCACAAUUGACUUUGUGACCUUCUUCCACGAGGAGUCUGUGCGUUUCCUGCUUUGUUUUUCCUUAUUUUUUUUCCUUUCGGGAUAAUUUUUUGGGUUGAGGCUAACCAUCAGCUUGCAUGCAGGGUGAGCAACUACUCUGGAUAACGGGCAUUCGCCCGGGCUACCCUGCAAACCUGGCUAUGUUCCAGUUGGUCAGAAUGCUUGCGGAUGCUGACUUUGCGAUCGACGCGCAGACUGGAGCGCACCAACUCCUUGCGACUCCGAUCUCCAGGUCUCCAGCUAUCGGCAAUUUAAAUCUACCACAGGUGAGCCAGCAUGUCAGACUUAAAAUCGUCUGAACAGUUCACGUUUUUGAGGACGAUUUUCUUAGGUCAUUACUGAUGGUAUAAGGAGAGGGCACUGAGGUUAGUUAGUUCAUAGGUAGUACGCACCCACACUCAAGAAAAACUGGUCGAAACCUUUAGUCGUGAUUCUCCUCCAUUAACCUAAAUUAUUACCUUUGGGCACUGAAAUGAACACCCUCGUAUUAUAGUUGGCCUUCUGCGAAAUUCCAUGUGGGGUGUGGGUGCUCAAACUUUCAACUCCACUGACAUUUAAUUCAGGGACGUUCCUAAAUACAGGGUUGAUUAUUUUCGUACCACUAAAGUCAUUUGUAAUCACUGGGGCUAUCUUACAGGUCGUGGUUCAUUCGACGGGACCCAGCCUUUUAGUUAAGUUUGACGAGGCCGACAGUCUCGCACGAGGCGCCAACCGUGUGAGCCACGAGCUGCCUGAGUCCUGGUUCGCCGACCCAAUGACUUCCCGCCUUUAAAUUCUGUGCUAAAACCUUGUCUGGACAAAACGCUGCACCAUGCAUCAGUUGUUUUUUUUAGCCUGCCAGACAAUGGGUGAUAGGAUUAUGCGCAACGCAAGGACCACGUGUCGCGGGAGUCACAUGCAUACAAACAAACAAACACACACACACACACACACAGACACACACACACGGCAGUUUGACCGUCGAUUUCGACGAUGUCCACUGUGUGCCCCACAACAGAUGGUGGGAGCAGGGACGGUGACUUGCGCAGGGAGUUUAUAGUGUCAGUAGACUUGCGCUGCGUCUACCACACUCUCUCCUUCUCUCCCGCCUGAGUCCGGUGUCAAGGCAGAGUCAAGAAGACCGGAGACGAGGGGGGCCGCAGGUGGAUGGCUUGGAUGCAUCCUCGCUUUGGCGCUUCACUCUGAACCCCCCCCCCCCCC